AUGGUUCCAAUAAGUUUGCUCCUGGUUGGAUUUCUCACUAUAUUUUCCUCAGCUUAUGCCUAUGGAGGAUGGACUAAUGCACAUGCAACCUUCUAUGGAGGAAGUGACGCAUCAGGAACAAUGGGUGGGGCAUGUGGAUAUGGUAACCUAUACAGUCAAGGUUAUGGAACAAACACUGCUGCUUUAAGCACAGCUUUGUUCAACAGUGGCUUAAGCUGUGGUUCUUGUUUUGAGAUUAGGUGUGCUGGUGACCAUAAAUGGUGUCUUCCUGGUUCCAUUUUGGUUACUGCCACUAAUUUCUGCCCUCCAAACAAUGCCUUACCUAAUAAUGCUGGUGGAUGGUGUAACCCUCCUUUGCAUCACUUUGAUCUUGCUCAACCUGUUUUUCUUAGAAUUGCUCAAUAUAAAGCUGGAAUUGUUCCUGUUUCUUACAGAAGGGUACCCUGCAGGAGAAGGGGAGGAAUUAGGUUUACAAUAAAUGGACAUUCCUACUUCAAUUUAGUUUUAGUAACAAAUGUGGGGGGUGCUGGAGAUGUACAUUCAGUUGCUAUUAAAGGUUCAAGAACAGGGUGGAUGCCAAUGUCAAGAAACUGGGGACAAAAUUGGCAAAGCAACAAUUAUCUCAAUGGACAACCUUUGUCUUUUAAGGUUACAACAAGUGAUGGAAGAACCAUUGUUUCAAACAAUGUUGCCCCUUCUGGUUGGUCCUUUGGUCAAACCUACACUGGUGCUCAAUUCCACUAG